AAAGAAGGCAAAGACAAAGACAAAGAUGACACCAACACACUUUCCCCAGUUUUCAAGCCAUUCACCUCUGUUGGCUUCAGUGCAGCGAUUCCCGAUUCAUACGGUGAUGAAACCCACGACACACAUACCCGAGGGCAAUGGAACCACCAUCAUGGAAUUCAUCCUGCUGGGAUUUCGAGACCUCCCUAAACUACAUGGUCUCCUCUUCCUGCUCUUCCUGGUGAUCUACCUGGCAACAAUGGCUGGGAACCUCCUCAUCAUGGCGCUGGUGGUGGCUGAUCAGCAUCUCCACACCCCCAUGUACUUCUUCCUGGGGAACCUGUCUUUCCUGGAGACCUGCUACAGCUCCACCAUCCUGCCCCGGCUACUGGCCAGUCUCCUGACGGGGGACAGGACCAUCUCUGUUGCUGGCUGCAUCGCACAAUUAUAUGUCUUUGGUUCUCUGGCUGGUACAGAAUGCUGUCUCCUCUCCGUGAUGUCCUAUGACCGGUACCUCGCCAUAUGCAAACCACUACACUACGCGGCGCGAAUGAAUGGCCAGUUGUGCCUCAAGCUGGUGGCUGGCUUGUGGAUAGGUGGCUUCGUGUCUGUUUCCGUCUUUGUCUUUAUGAUGUCACAAUUAACAUUCUGUGGCCCCAAUACCAUUGACCACUUCUUCUGCGAUUUUCGUCCAAUAAUAAAACUCUCCUGUACUGACACCCACAUGGUGAAAGUUGCUAGUUUUGUAUCCUCUUCCAUCUUCACCCUGCCUCCAUUUCUCUUGACAUUGGCUUCCUACGUGUACAUCAUCUCCACCAUCCUGCGGAUCCCAUCCACCAGCGGGAGGCAAAAGGCCUUUUCCACCUGCUCCUCCCACCUCAUCGUGGUGAGCAUUUUCUAUGGGACCCUGAUCAUGGUGUAUUUGGUGUCAGAGUCUGAUGCCCUGAGGGACCUCAAUAAAGUCUUCUCUGUCUUCUACGGAGUCCUCACUCCACUGGUCAACCCCCUCAUCUACAGCCUGAGAAACAAGGAGGUAAAGGAAGCCUUGAGAAAAGUUCUCCUUCGAUUUUUUUAUCGUUAA